AUGGCCUUCACUGGACAGCCGUCAAACGCGAAACAAGGAUCGUCGACUUACCCCUGUCCCCAAAGUACCACAUCCGGAGCACAACUUCGCGCUCCCAAUCCAGCGCUUUGGGGAUGUGAUGACUAUGCCGAUGUCACGAUCAAGUGUAUCGACCGCGAUAUCAAAUGCCACAAAAUCAUCUUGUCCACGAACUCAGAAUACUUCCGGAAGUCUCUCCAGUUUGGAUUGAAGCUCAAGGUGCCAGAGAACAACAACAUCAUCGAGCUCACCGACGACGAUCCAGACGCCGUUGAGACGGUGCUCAAGUACAUCUAUACCUGCGCAUACGACCACGACCAUCCCCGCAAACAAGACACUUCGUACCACGUCGGAGUAAUCAUGGUAGCAGGCAAAUACCUGUUGCCCACCCUCCAAGCAGAAGCGUCCAUCGCUCUCGUGAGCCUUCUACCGAAUGUCCAAGACGAAGCGUCGAUCAUGUACGUCGUCGAUGCUGCAACCAAUGGUCCAGAAGGAGACGAGCUCGCCGAGAAUCUGGCUACUGCACUAGAGUCAGACAUGCUGGAGGGUUUCGUCAGCUCCACUUGGUUUCGUCUGCUGACCGAUGAGAUCGGGCCUCUUCGACGGAAGACGUUCGACCUGUUCCGCUUCGCGUUGUCCAUGAAGAGAACGCGGAAGGUGGUCCGCUGCCCAUGUGGUCGCUACAGUGUGAUCGUCAGACCUGAGGUACGGUUGGCCAAGCACAUCCCGGCCGAUUUCGACUGCUGUCGAGCGUGUGGAGCCAAGAUCGGGAACGACCGCGGGACAAUGAAGCUGGACUUUGUUUCGGCACACAAGUAUCUUCUGGUUGCGGACAAGUACGAGCCAGACCGGUGUGGAAGUGAAGGUCCUGGUGCCAAUAGGUUAAGAAGACCGGGGAUUCACGCUGGGCACUUGUUCUGA